AUGGGUCAACUUUGUGGACGGUGCAUACAGCUGCUGCGGGACUUCGUGGCCUUUGUUCAGAGGAUGUCCUCCAACUUGGUGCAAGGCAUCAAGGAAUGCUUGACUCUGAUAAGCAAAUGCUCCUGCUUAAAACAAAAGAGCUCAAAAGCCAGACAGCUGUACAAGCCCAUCCUGCAGCCUCAUGAGAGAGUGACAGCACAGGAAUUUCUGCUGCAUAUUGAAACAGGUUUUGAAAUGUCACCACUUGGAAAGGACCCUCUGGAAGCCUUGAGGACCUUAGCCUUUUCAGAAAACCCAGGUUUACAGCAGUCUGCUGCCCUCUAUUACUUGCAUAUGAGUCAGCACAUAAAUGUGCCCCUACCUGUGGAGCAUCUGGAACCCUUCUAUGCCUUACUGCGAUCUGCUGACCUGGAGGUGCAACAGAUGUCUUCCUUGUCCCUUGUCAACUUCUUGCUGGAAGGAAAUAUUGACAAGGAAUUAGUUGUCCAAAUGGGUUUACUUGAGCCAAUUCUGGAUCUGCUUGAGUCAGAGGAUCCCACUGUCCAGUGUAAUUCUUGUGCCUGCACCAUGAUUUUGGCUGUUUCAGAGUCCAACCGAGAGGCAAUUGGCGCUGCUCGAGGAGUUACACCCCUACUGUCUCUUGCCAAUUCCUACGAUCCUAGAGUCCAACAAAAUGCAGUUGGUGCUAUUCUCAACCUCACACAAUCAGAGAAAAUCCAACAUGUCCUAUGCAAGGAAGGAGCCCUACCAGUUCUUACCUUGCUGCUGGAAUCUCCUGACUCAGAAGUGCAGUAUUACAGCUGUGCUACCUUAAGCAACGUAGCAGCCAACGUUCAGCACCACGAAGCCAUGCUGAGACCUGGCAACAGAUUCCUGCUGCGGACACUCAUAUCUCUCCUAUCCUCUUCUGUGGACAAGGUUUCAAGCCAGGCAUGUGUUUGCCUAAGAAAUUUGGCUACCAGUGCGGACAUCCAGGCUGAGAUGGUUGCUGAGGACGUCCUGCCCAAGCUGUGCUCUCUCCUGGCAUCUGGCAGCGAGGACGUGCGUCACGCCUCCAUUGCUCUGCUCUGGAUACUGUCCCAGCACCGGCACAACCAGGACACUCUGGCAUGUGUCAAGCUGCUACAGAGCCUGGGAAUGCUACUGUCAGCGCAUAAAACAGACCCUGUGAUUGUUGGCCAUACUGCUUGUAUCAUCAAAAACCUGAGCCUUUCCAAAAACAGACAGAGAAUCAUUGAGAGUCCAUGUGUUCAAGGUCUCCUCCAGACCAUGCUUUCUAUCGACACUCAAGAAGACUCUCUUCAUUAUGUGACGUCUUGCCUUGCUGAACUAGCAAAGCAAGAAGGAGCCACGUUAUGCAUGGUCCAAUGGAUGGAUGAGCCCUUGACAAAGUGCUUGGUGAGACUGGCUGGCCAAGUGGAACAUACUGAGCCAUCCUUUCAAGCUGCCUCCAUCAUCCAGCACAUGAUAGGUCAUGAAAAAAUGAUGCUUUUGCUGAAGAGUCACACCAGAGAAAUUCAGGCCUACCUCAAGAACUUUCUUACUCACCAAGAGAUUCGCUUUCAGCAGCUGGGCAUCUCUACAUUCUGCAGACUGCGAGAAGAUCCAGAAUUUUCAUUAGCAUUCAGAAAAAGCCAAAUGGCCAAACUCCUUGAGCAAGUCCGUCAACAAACAGAAGAAACUCAAGAGCUCCUUAGGGCAGCUAUUUGCCACGAAGACAGUUCAUAUUUAAGCUGCAUGGCUUAUGAAAACUUACCAGAUCCAAGAGCCUGA